GACGCAAGAUUGAUUAGUUUGUGGUAUAUCCUGAUCAUCUCACUUUUUUCUAUGUUAUUUGAUCCUGGAAAUGCUUCAUACAUUGAUUCAUAAACUUAUUAAAUUCGCUGUUCUUGUCAGCGUAAAAAUUCAACAUGACUUGCUUUGUCCGUAAGGCAUCAUAUAUUUCUUUGGAAUCUAUCAUCUUUAUCAGAGAUUGAAUGUUAGGAAUUAUCUCUGUAAAGACACAUUUUUGAUAUACUGUAAUUUAAAACAGUUCUUACGUGAUGACCUUUCUUUGAAAUGAGAAAUGAUGGAAAGAAUCGCAGCGAUCCCGACGGCGACGAUGAGCACGGCCACAAGACCACGACUUGGAUCUGAGAGCAAGGUGGUGCUGACACGGCGCGACGGAACGGAACGGAUGUCGUGGGCCGAGAUUCGCGUCGGAGGAGAAGCUCGAGGGAGAUGGAUGACAUUCACGGCGAAGCUCGACGACGGCGAGAAUCGAGCACCUAAGACCACGGCUUGGAUCUGGGAAUGA